AGUUGACCUCUUCUAAUAAUCCUUCUGGGAAGGAUCCAGAUGUCUUCUACAGCUCUUCUUCGCUCAUCACUUCCUCGCACCAGGACAUCCAUGGAGGUUAUCAACAAGCUUCUCGCAUAAGGUCGUCCCUGCUUCUCACCUUCAUCAUCCACCAUGAGUCCACCACGCGACGUCAUCGAAGCUGACGGAGACCACUGGUGCGACGCCAUCGAAGAAGACGGAGACCACCAGUACGACGGCGACAAUCGGCGACGGCGACCGUCUGCGACGGAGAUGCCAGCUUUAUCUUCUUCUUCGCUGCUUCUCUUCACCGUGUAUGUUCAUUAGCUUCAUAUCUGUAAUCGAUUUCAGAUCUGUGAUAGCUAAUGGUCCUGAGAUGGGGUGGAGUGGUGGUUGUUGGGGAUAAAGCGAGUUUCAUAGGGGCUAAGGGGCUGGGGCAAGAGGGCGGUGGUUCUUGGGGCGGAUCCGGUUGUGGCUCGGAGCUGAGGAGGGUUGGAGAGGGGGCUAGUGAGGUUUACUGUUUAGGGCGGCGGCGUUUGCCGGUCGCCGGGGCAGCGGGCUGACAGGGGUGGGGAAUGGAGAGGAGGCUGGUGAGUGGCGGCGGCAGGUUAACUGCAGUUGUGGGAUUUGGUGGUCGCCAGCGGUGGGUGGAGGUGGGACGUCUGGUGGCCGGUGGUGGUUGCUGGGGGCUGCUGCGAGCUUGCGAGUCGCAGAGAGCAGGGGAAGGGGACUGGGGUGCAGGGGAUGGGGUGGGGGUGAAGGGGAGGGGGCUGGGGUGCAGGGGAGGGAUGGGGUGCAGGGAAGGGGGUUGUGGAGGGGCUGGGGUGCAGGGGGGCUGGGGCAGCAGUGGAGGGGGGGGGGGGGGGCUGGGGCAGGGGUAAAGGACCGUUGGUGGUCUUACGUGAUGGCAGCGCUAUGGGGGCGACGGUUUCCGGCGAAAACUUUGAUGGAAAAAGUUGCCGGAAAAUUUUCAGGCUGCACAGUGCAUAUUUUCCGCUACAGUGACUCGGAUGGUAGUCGCAGUGACACGGGCGGUGGCGGCAGUGACACGGGCGGUGGCGGUAGUGACACGGGCGGUGGCGGCAGUGACACGGGCGGUGGCGGCAGUGACACGGGCGGUGGCGGCAGUGACACGGGCGGUGGCGGCAGUGACACGGACAGUGGCUACAGUGAGACGGGCGGUGGUUACAGUGACACAGGCGGUGGCUACAGUGACACGGCGGUGGUUGUAUUGACAUGAGUGGUGACUGUAGUUACAAAAAAAUGAACACGCAGUGACAUAAAAUUUUUGCAGUUACAUUAUGUUUUCUAAUUGCACAUAUAUGACUUUCUUGAUCACUUUUUUGCCCCUUUUUAAAAGUGGUCACUUUUUGGACAAUUGGUUCAAAAUUAGUAAUAUCCAAGUACAAACCCCUUGUUAUUAAUUUUACAUAUGCAAGACUUGUUUCAUUUGAAAAAUCACAAAAAAUAAUUAAUUUCAC